UAUUCCUCGGUAUUAGCUCGGGACCAUGGCUGGUUCCCGCAGCUGCCUCCGGGAGGCACCUGGGCCGGGGAUCGCCCGCGCUGCGAGCCCGCAGUAAGUCCGGGUUUGUGGGCGCAGAAAGGAGGAGCGCACGCAGAAAGUGACAGGCAAAGGCGCGCUGCGCCCUGCUGGGGCUCGAGGGCCGGACGGGCGAGGAGGCAGGGAGGGACAGCUCAAACUCUCACAGCCUCACUCCCAGUGAUAACCUGCAGCUAUGGAGUCGCCAACCAAGGAGAUUGAAGAAUUUGAGAGCAACUCUCUGAAAUACCUGCAACCCGAACAGAUCGAGAAAAUCUGGCUUCGGCUCCGAGGGCUGAGGAAAUAUAAGAAAACAUCCCAGAGGUUACGGUCUUUGGUCAAACAGUUAGAGAGAGGCGAGGCUUCGGUGGUAGAUCUUAAGAAGAAUUUGGAAUAUGCAGCCACAGUACUCGAAUCUGUGUACAUUGAUGAAACCAGGCGACUCCUGGAUACGGAGGAUGAACUCAGUGACAUUCAGUCAGAUGCAGUGCCUUCUGAGGUCCGAGACUGGCUGGCCUCCACCUUCACGAGGCAGAUGGGGAUGAUGCUCAGAAGGAGCGAGGAGAAGCCACGGUUCAAGAGCAUCGUCCAUGCAGUACAGGCUGGGAUAUUUGUGGAGAGAAUGUAUAGACGAACAUCCAACAUGGUUGGACUGAGCUACCCACCAGCUGUUAUUGAAGCCUUAAAGGAUGUGGACAAGUGGUCCUUUGAUGUCUUUUCCCUCAAUGAGGCCAGCGGGGAUCAUGCACUGAAAUUCAUUUUCUAUGAAUUACUCACACGUUAUGAUCUGAUCAGCCGUUUCAAGAUCCCCAUUUCUGCCCUUGUCUCAUUUGUGGAGGCCCUGGAAGUAGGAUACAGCAAGCAUAAAAAUCCGUACCACAAUUUAAUGCAUGCCGCCGACGUUACGCAGACUGUGCAUUACCUCCUUUAUAAGACAGGGGUAGCGAACUGGCUGACAGAGCUGGAGAUCUUUGCUAUCAUCUUCUCAGCUGCCAUCCACGACUACGAGCACACAGGGACCACCAACAAUUUCCACAUUCAGACACGGUCUGACCCUGCUAUUCUGUACAACGAUAAGUCUGUAUUAGAAAAUCACCAUUUAAGUGCAGCUUAUCGCCUUCUGCAAGAAGAUGAGGAAAUGAAUAUUUUGAUCAACCUCUCAAAGGAUGACUGGAGGGAGUUUCGGACCUUGGUAAUUGAGAUGGUGAUGGCCACGGACAUGUCCUGUCAUUUCCAACAAAUCAAAGCAAUGAAGACUGCUCUGCAACAGCCAGAAGCAAUUGAAAAGCCAAAAGCAUUAUCCCUGAUGUUGCACACGGCGGACAUUAGCCAUCCUGCAAAAGCAUGGGAGCUCCAUCAUCGCUGGACAAUGUCACUCCUGGAGGAAUUCUUCAGACAGGGUGACAGAGAAGCAGAGCUGGGGCUGCCUUUUUCUCCUCUGUGUGAUCGAAAGUCAACGAUGGUUGCUCAGUCGCAAGUGGGUUUUAUUGAUUUCAUUGUGGAGCCCACCUUCACUGUGCUCACGGACAUGACUGAGAAGAUUGUGAGCCCUUUAAUUGAUGAAACCUCCCAAAGUGGCGGGACAGGACAGAGGCGUUCAAGUUUGAACAGCAUCAGUUCAGCGGAUGCAAAGCGAUCGGGCGUGAAGAACACUGGCUCAGAAGGAAGCACCCCCAUCAACAGUUCUGUCAUCCCCGUUGACUACAAGAGUUUCAAAGCCACUUGGACUGAGGUGGUGCACAUCAACCGGGAGAGAUGGAGGGCCAAGGUGCCCAAAGAGGAGAAGGCCAAGAAGGAAGCAGAGGAAAAAGCUCGCCUGGCUGCAGAGGAGAAGCAAAAGGAAAUGGAAGCCAAAAGCCAGGCUGAAGAAGCCGCGGCUUGCAAAGCCGAGAAAAAGUCAUCUGGGGAAGCUAAGAAUCAAGCCAAUGGAACGCGCACAAACAAAAGCGACAACCCUUGUGGGAAAAAUUCCAAAGCUGAGAAGUCCUCAGGAGAAAAACAACAGAAUGGUGACUUGAAAGAUGGUAAAAAUAAGACAGACAGGAAGGAUCAAUCUAAUGUCGGAAGUGAUUCAAAGAAAACAGAUGAUUCAGAAGAGUAAAACACACCUCACAUACAAUAAAAGAGGCUGCCAGUGUCUUGCAUCAUUUUACUUGAGCUUCUUCAUUCUCCUCCUCCUUCCACAAAGACCCAUAUCUGGGGAAGGUGUACAAGUUUCAGAAACAAGCUCCCCCACAGUUGGCCUUCCCUCAUGCCACCUCCUUCCAAGAGACGGCUCUCUGGGAGCUGGUUUGAGGUCUAAGAACUCUGGGGAAAUCCUCCCCCAGGCAAAUAAAACAACUUGAGCUUUUUGCACAAACAGAAACAAAACAUGAAGGGACUUCCUCAGAAUUCUUUGCUAAUGCCCUGGCUUUCAAGGCACCUGUCUGGCCUGAUGAGGAUGGACAUCCUGGAUAUGCUGAGGGCGGCCUGAAAAAGCCACGUGCAGAGUAAUUGCCAUUUUACUACUGUCGAUGCCGUUCCUUCAAAUUGUUACUUUUGUACUGGCUACUGAUGGUGGAUACAGCCGUGCUGGCCCUUCAUCAGCUAAGACGAUGAUUCCAGUCUCUGGUUGUUCCUUUCCUGAGUCAGAAACAUUAUUUUUCUCCAAUUUUCUUUCAGACUUAAAAAUUAUUCUUAUGCUUGUCUUUCCAUUUAUAUAUGAAAUUCUUUUUUUUUAAAAGAGUUUAUCCUGUAGGACUCUUUAUUUGUAAAUGCUUAAUUUAUCUGUGCAUUCAUUAAUAUAAACCUGAAUGUAUC